UAGAUAUUUCCUAUGCAAUUACUGAUUUAAGAAGGCUUCCUCGUUACGAGUGUACAAACUUGUCAAUGGAGUAGUUGCUUCUAUUUUGUCUCUUUUCUCGACUUAUUUUGAAAAUUCUUCUGAACAAUAGUAACCACAUCGAGUUUGCUUUCAUUUCUGUUGAAUUUUCUGCCCACAAAAUUCCUAAUGUAUUAGCAGGUGAAUUUUCAGUUUCCAUUGACACGUCUCUUGUGUUUACUUUGACAUAACUCAAUUUUCCGUGCUGAAUCUAGCAUCUGAAAUUUUGAGCUCUUUGCUUGCCGCACAUGUAUUUCUACGAAGUUCAGGGAACCAAGUACUACAAGGUUGUUUCUUGAUAGGUUCAGCUGCUGUUAGACUAACUGAUGCUUGUUGCUUUGCAGAGGUAGAGGGGAGGAUCAUCGUCAAGUUGACUUGCUAAUUACUAUGGCCAUGGCUUCUAGAUCCUGGCUAACAUCACUGGAGUGUUCAACCUCAACCAUCCCAUCGUCAGAAGGCCUAUCUUUUCUUUCAGUUUUAAAGAACUGGUCGGAGUUCAUUUUUUUAUCACCAUGUUCCCAGAGGAUUCUUUUUUCUUCGGUUGACCUUCUUUUCCUAAUCGUCUGCCUUGUAUUGGCUGUCCGAAAGCUAUGUUCUAGAUUUUUUACAGAAAAAAAUUCAAGCUCUGAUCUUGAUAAACCUCUACUUCCAGAAGAGAGGUCUCAGCUUAAGGUCACCCCUUGGUUCAUAGCAUCCGUAGCCGUGACUGCUCUUUUAGCUCUAUCUUAUAUAGCCAUCUGCAUAUUAGCCUUCACUCGAGGCGUUCAAUCACCAUGGAAUCUCGCAGAAGCAUUCUUCCUUCUGUUUCAAGCGGUAAGUCAUGUUGUGAUCUUGGUUUUGGUUGCUCACGAGAAGAGAUUUGGUGCUGUUACUCAUCCUAUGGUCAUUCGAGCCUACUGGGCUGUGAGCUUGAUUGUUGUAGCUUUAUUCUCGGCCACUGCAAUCACUCGUAUGGUAACCGUUGUUGGGGAAAACUUGGAUCAAGAAAUGAGAAUAGAUGACAUCUAUUCCUUGGUUAGUUUACCCUUUUAUGUGUUUCUAUUCAUAGUUGCCAUUCGAGGAUCAUCGGGACUUACUGUGGUUGAGGAUCUAAGAGUGGAGACGCAUGAUUCUGUUGAUGCAGAUGUUAAUAUCAGUGGCUUUGCCUCUGCUUCUUUGAUCUCCAAAGCAAUGUGGCUGUGGAUGAAUCCCUUGCUGAGUAAGGGAUACAAAAGCCCUUUAAAGAUGAAUGAAGUGCCAACACUUCCACCGAUUUUUCUAGCUGAAAAAAUGGCAGAACAAUUUGAGGUUAAUUGGCGCAAGUCUGGUGAGAAUUCAAAGAACCGUGUGAUCUUUACAUUGAUUAGAUGUUUCUGGAGGCAUAUUACCUUCACUGGUGUCCUGGCUGUUGUGCGGUUGCUAGUUACAUAUGUUGGUCCUAUCCUGAUCCAAACAUUUGUUGAUUUUGCUUCUGGGGACAGAAGCAACCUUGCUGAAGGAUUUUAUCUGGUAUUGAUCCUCUUGGUUGCAAAAGUUGUCGAAGUCCUUAGUUCACAUCAAUUCAAUUUCCAGACCCAGAGACUUGGUAUGCUCAUUAGGUCCUCUUUAAUCACUGCCUUGUACAAGAAGGGGCUCAGACUUAGUUGCUCCGCUAGACAGGCUCAUGGGGUUGGACAGAUUGUGAAUUAUAUGGCUGUGGACUGCCAGCAACUCUCUGACAUGAUGCCCCAGAUGCAUGCUUUGUGGUUGAUGCCAUUACAAAUUGGAAUAUCUUUGGUUCUUCUGUAUCUAUACAUGGGCAUUUCAAUGCUUGUAUCACUAGUAGCAGUUUUUGCUGUAUUGAUAUUCACACUCGUGAUUGCGCGCAAGAACAAUUUCUACCAGUUCAAUCUUAUGAUGAGCCGUGAUUGUAGAAUGAAGACAACCAAUGAGUUACUUAACAAUAUGAGAGUGAUCAAGUUUCAAGCAUGGGAAGAGCAAUUCAACAAAAAAAUCCUGCAAUUUCGCGAAAAGGAAUACGGGUGGCUCAGCAAGUUCAUGUAUGCAAUUUCAUACAAUAUGGCACUACUUUGGAGCGUCCCAGUUGUUAUAGCAGCUCUUACCUUUGUUGUUGCAAUUUUAAUGCAUGUGCCCCUUGGCGCUGGAAAAGUGUUCACUGUGACGACAAUCCUGAAAAUUUUACAAGAGCCCAUCAGAACCUUCCCACAAUCUCUUAUGGCAGUUUCUCAGGCAAUCAUCUCUCUGGAGAGGUUGGAUGGGUAUCUGACGAGUCAUGAAUUGGACACUAAGACCGUGGAAAGAGAGGAAGGCUGCAGUGACCGAAUAGCACUGCAGGUCAAAGAUGGUACCUUUUCAUGGGAGGAUGAAGGAGCAGAGCAAGUUUUGAAAGAUGUCAAUUUCCAGAUCAAGAAAGGGGAGCUUGCUGCAAUUGUCGGAACUGUUGGAUCGGGGAAAUCUUCCUUACUGGCUGCAGUUCUUGGUGAGCUUAAAAAAAUAUCAGGAAAGGUUAGAGUUUGUGGGAGCACUGCAUAUGUGGCACAAAGUUCAUGGAUACAGAAUGCAACUAUCCAAGACAACAUCUUGUUUGGUUCACCCCUAAACACAAAGAGAUACAAGGAAGUAAUAAGAGCUUGCUCACUUGAGAAAGACUUGGAGAUAUUCGAAUAUGGUGACCAGACUGAGAUUGGAGAACGUGGAAUCAACCUUAGUGGUGGCCAGAAGCAACGUAUACAACUUGCAAGAGCAGUAUAUCAGGAUUGUGAUAUCUAUCUUCUUGAUGAUGUAUUUAGUGCGGUUGAUGCUCACACCGGGACGGAGAUAUUUAAGGAGUGUGUGAGGGGAGCUCUGAAACAUAAGACAAUCUUACUUGUGACUCACCAGGUUGACUUCCUGCACAAUGCUGAUCUUAUUCUGGUGAUGCGCGAUGGGAAGAUUGUGCAAUCUGGGAAAUAUGAUGAGCUUCUUCAAUCUGGGAUGGAUUUUGGUGCACUUGUAGCUGCCCAUGAAUCCUCUGUAGACCUUGUAGAAAGGAGUGCAAAUAAUUCUGAUGAAAGAACACAAGAAAUAUACUCCCCACGCCCACUCCCCAUAACACCAAAAUCACCCCACUCACCAAAGGCAUUAACACCCAUAUCACCUGUAUCAGGCCAGGGUGAUCCAACUGAUGAAAGCUGGUCCUUAGACGAAUCUAAUUCUGAAAAAGGCAAUUCCAAGCUCAUUGAAGAUGAAGAGAGAGAAACUGGUAAAGUCAGUUUAGCUGUCUACAAGCAGUAUUGCACUACGGCAUAUGGAUGGUGGGGAAUAGUAGCUAUUGUAGGUUCAUCCCUGUUAUGGCAGCUAUCCCUUAUGGCGGGUGAUUACUGGCUUGCAUAUGAGACUUCAGGAGAUACUCUAUUCAACCCUUCGUUGUUCAUUGAAACGUAUGCAGCUAUAGCAAUUGUUUCGUGCAUACUGGUGGGCAUCAGAAUGUUCUUUCAGACGUUUAUUGGUCUGAAAAUAGCUCAAAGUUUUUUCAGUCAAAUUCUUGAAAGCAUCCUUCAUGCGCCAAUGUCAUUCUUUGACACCACUCCAUCAGGAAGAAUAUUAACUAGGGCAUCAAAUGAUCAAUUCAACAUUGAUAUAUUGAUUCCAUUUUUCUUAAGUCUGACGAUUUCCAUGUACUUCACAGUAAUUAGCAUUUUGUUUAUCACCUGUCAAUAUGCUUGGCCAACAAUAUUCCUCAUAAUCCCACUGAUUUGGCUCAAUUACUGGUACCGGGGAUAUUAUCUUUCCUCAUCUCGUGAACUAAGCCGUCUUGAUUCAAUCACCAAAGCCCCAGUCAUCCAUCACUUCUCAGAGUCGAUUUCUGGUGUUAUGACCAUACGUGGCUUCAGGAAGCAAGAGAAGUUCUUUCAGGAAAAUUUUGAUAGAGUUAACGCAAAUCUGCGCAUGGAUUUUCACAACAAUGGAUCUAAUGAAUGGUUGGGUUUCCGCUUGGAGAUGAUUGGCAGUUUUCUGCUGUGCGCUGCCACAGCAUGCAUGGUCUUGUUGCCAAGUACUAUUAUAAAGCCAGAAUACGUUGGCUUGUCUCUUUCCUAUGGCCUGCCACUGAAUGCUGUGCUAUUCUGGACUGUGUACAUGAGCUGCUUGGUGGAGAACCGAAUGGUUUCAGUUGAGAGGAUAAAACAGUUCAUAACCAUCCCAUCUGAAGCUCCAUGGAGGAAUAAAGAGUAUGUUCCACCUUCCAACUGGCCAAGCCAUGGUGACAUUGAAGUUACCAACUUACAGGUUAGGUAUCGAACAAAUACCCCUCUUGUUUUGAAAGGGAUAUAUCUCAGAAUCCAUGGAGGAGAAAGAAUUGGUGUUGUUGGCAGAACUGGAAGUGGAAAAUCUACUCUCAUCCAAGUUUUCUUUAGGUUGGUGGAGCCUGCGAAUGGCAAGAUUUUCAUUGAUGGGAUCAACAUUUGUCAGCUAGGCCUCCAUGAUCUUCGAUCUCGCUUCGGGAUCAUCCCUCAGGAACCUGUCCUUUUUGAAGGAACUAUUAGAAGUAACAUCGACCCCAUUGGGUUGUAUUCAGAUGAUGAAAUAUGGAAGAGUCUUGAACGUUGCCAACUGAAAGAUGUAGUGGCUGCAAAACCUGAAAAACUUGAUGCUUCAGUGGCUGAUUGUGGAGACAAUUGGAGUGUGGGCCAGAGACAGCUUCUCUGCUUGGGGAGGGUCUUGCUGAAACAGAGCAAGAUCUUAUUUAUGGAUGAAGCAACAGCUUCUGUUGAUUCCCAAACUGAUGCUGUGAUUCAAAAGAUCAUUCGUGAGGACUUCUCAGCCUGUACAAUCAUUACCAUAGCUCACAGGAUACCCACUGUCAUAGACUGCGACAGGGUAUUAGUCGUAGAUGACGGAUGGGUAAAGGAAUUCGACAGACCAUCUAAGUUGCUAGAGAGGCGCUCGCUGUUCGGGGCACUGGUCCAGGAAUAUUCCAACAGGUCAUCAGGAUUAUAGCACGUCCUGCUCUCCAAAGGUGCUAGAGGUUGCAACAACCAGGUAUUUAAGCGACUUGCUCCUGCACUUGGGACUGGGAAAUCAAUCCUCUCUACAUCUCUCUCACACCUUUUCUCUUGGCUGCUUAUAACCCAAUUUUGACGAGUCGAGAAGGCAAGUGAAUGAGGAGGGAUCUUGGUGAUGAAAUUUUGCCUUUCUUUCUCCUGCUCAUAGGCAGGCAACUGUGGUGAAGUAGUAGUAGUAGUAGAUUCGUCAAUAAAGUUACUAUGACGGCGGCCUCGAGAGAGUCGGGCCGGUAACGCUGCAACAGGGUUGAAAUUGCCGCGAUUCUGGACUUUGCAGAUCUUUUGGAGAUCAAUAAUCUGUUAGGCUAGCUUUUCUUGUAGACAUCUGUAGCAUGGCGCUAAUGGCAGAUUCUUGUACAUCUAGAGGAUUAGUUCAUCAUCAAUUCUGAAUUGUUUGUGGUUAAGAAUAAUCAGAAUAGAUGGGACUUAUCCAAUGUUUUUGCAGGUACAUUCAGCUUUUUCUGAAAAUAAGCACAUUUGUUUA